AUGGGAAACGCUAUAGCCAAGUUGCUUAGUUUACUCCACGCCAAGAGGGACGUUAGAAUCCUCAUGGUCGGCCUCGACGCAUCCGGCAAAACCACAAUUUUAUAUAAGCUAAAACUCGGUGAAGUGGUCACCACUAUACCCACCAUUGGUUUUAAUGUCGAAACUGUAGAGUACAGGAACCUGUCCCUAAACGUGUGGGACGUUGGAGGCCAGGACAAGAUUCGACCCUUGUGGAAGCAUUACUACACAAACUCACAAGCUGUCAUAUUCGUUGUAGAUUGCAACGACAGGGAGCGAAUUCCCGACGCCAAGGAGGAGUUGCACAAGAUGAUGAAUGAAGAUGAGCUCAGAGGGGCUGUUCUCUUAAUAUACGCCAACAAGCAGGACCUCCCAAACGCUAUAAGUCCCACUGAGCUUUCCGGUCUUUUGGGACUCGAACAUUUCAGGGACAGGAAAUGGUAUAUUCAAGCUUCUUGUGCCACUGCGGGUACAGGCCUUUAUGAGGGCAUGGAUUGGCUGACGGGAGAGCUGAAAAACAAACCAUGA